GUCUCUUCCUCCUCGAUUCUAUCUGAUUCUUUUACCAAUACAAGAAUUUAUAUAGGAAGGUGCUUGAGGAGGGGAGAGAGAGAGAAAGAGAGGGAGGGGGGGCAAGAUGUCGUUUUGGAACGGAGGAUUCCUCAACAACGAGCUGUCGAAGAAAACGUCCGUCUUCGGCCUCAGGCUGUGGGUGGUCAUCGGCAUCUGCGUCGGCGCGGCCAUCGUACUCGUCCUCUUCCUCAUCUCCCUUUGCCUCACAUCCCGCCGCCGCUCUCCCUCCUCUUCCCCCCGCAAGAAGCCGCAGAAAUCCCUCAAGCUCCACCUCCAAGACUCCACCGCGCCCGUCACCAAGGACAUCCCCGAGAUCCACCACCACCAUCAUCAAAGCGCCUCCGCUGCCGCGGCCGCCGCCCCCGUCUCGGUCGCCGAUGUUCGGAUCGACGUCGGCAAGGCCGACCACCGCGUCGUUCUCGCCGACCACCACCACAACAGCCACCCACGGCCCCCGGCGGCGCCGCCGUCCGCAUCCACGACGGGGACGGUCAGCGGCGAGACCAUCGGGACGCCCUCGUCCAUGGGAGGCGGCGGGGGCCCGCCGGAGGUGUCGCAUCUGGGGUGGGGCCACUGGUACACGUUGCGGGAGCUGGAGGAGGCCACCGGCGGUCUGGCCGAGGAGAACGUGAUCGGGGAGGGAGGGUACGGCAUCGUGUACCGCGGAGUGUUGGCGGAUAACACCAUAGUCGCCGUCAAGAAUUUGCUCAACAACAGGGGGCAAGCUGAGAAGGAAUUUAAGGUCGAGGUUGAAACAAUUGGGCGUGUCAGGCACAAGAAUCUGGUUAGAUUGCUUGGCUACUGCGUUGAGGGGGAAUAUAGGAUGCUCGUUUAUGAGUAUGUAGACAAUGGUAAUCUGGAACAGUGGCUGCACGGAGGCGUCGGAGAAGUUAGUCCGCUGACUUGGGACAUCAGGAUGAACAUAAUACUUGGAACUGCAAAAGGCUUGGCCUAUCUUCAUGAAGGGCUUGAACCAAAGGUCGUCCACCGUGAUGUUAAGGCUAGCAACAUUCUACUUGAUCACCACUGGAAUUCCAAGGUUUCAGAUUUUGGGCUUGCAAAGCUCUUGUGCUCCGAAAGGAGUUAUGUAACAACCCGUGUUAUGGGGACUUUUGGCUAUGUGGCACCAGAAUAUGCUAGCACCGGAAUGCUGAACGAGAGAAGUGAUAUUUAUAGCUUUGGAGUUCUCAUCAUGGAGAUUAUAUCAGGAAGGGCACCCGUCGAUUAUACAAGACCCCCAGGAGAGGUGAAUUUGGUUGACUGGUUGAAGAACAUGGUUGGGGAGAGAAAAUCCGAGCAAGUGGUGGAUCCUAGGAUUCCUGAGAAACCAUCUCCAAAAGCACUGAAAAGAGCUCUCCUGGUGGCCCUCCGCUGUGUUGAUCCUGACGCACAUAAACGCCCUAAAAUGGGGCAUGUGAUCCAUAUGCUCGAAAUGGAUGACUUGCUAAUUCGUGAUGAACACAAACUAGGUCGGGAGUCAUCUUCUACUCGGUCAUCAGAGAGAUACCAUCACAGAGAAGAAGGAAGCUUGAGCAAGCGUGACGAUAGAACAAGGUGGCAAUGACUUGCACAUGUGGAAGAGUUCUGAACGGGAGCAUCCUCAUUAACUGUCCCAGUUCACAGCUGCAAGAGUAGGGUGGUGGUGCACAAUGCUCAAAUUCCAAGAUCUCCUUAAUACUUGUUGUAGAUCCUCCUCCUCUACCACUGGCUUCUGAUGUUUUAACGUUCCUUGGUGCAUAAACGUGUACAUGUAUGCUCACAUGAGAUUGAGCUGGCCUGGUCCACCAUUUAUUGUGUCCUUUUAAUACACUUGGCUUUAACUAUUCCGUUCAUCAUGGAGAUCAUAUUGUUUAUAUAUAUGCAUGCAGUCUCUAAACAGAGCUUUUUGAUC